GAGAGUUAAUGGUAUUAAUUAGUAUUAAUUUAAAAAAAAUUUAUAAGUAAUUUUAAGUUGAUAGAUCGUUAGUCCCCGUAAGGAUAUAUCAACUGGUUCCUUAGUUUUUUCUUAUGUAAGAAAACAUACUUUUACGUACUUUGAAAUUCUAAACUAGUGACUUAAGUUCCAAAAUAUCUUUAAACCAAUUCUCAUCAUCGAAUUGUUAAUCUAACAAUUUUAAAAAUACAUUUUAUCUUCAAUAAUAUUCCAUAAACUGCUUCCGCUGGCCAUAUCCUUAUGAGCUUAACUCGCAGAUAAUACGGUUGUAAGGAGUCAGUAUCCUUAACCUUCAUCUAGAUCGGAAACCCUUGCCUUGAGAAUAACCAUCAACAGACUUAUUAAAAGAUAUACCAACAUAUAUACGUAUUGAAGCAUAAUGCAGGUUCGAUUUUUACAAAAUAAAUAAUUAGUGCCAGAAGUCUAUAGAAAUUUGAUGAGAUUUAAAAUAAAAGUCCCUAUGCUGCUGAUCUUAAAUCGAAAUAUAAGUUUAUUUUCAAAUUCUCAACACUCAAAAAAUUGUUUUUUUUUAAGUCUAGUCUUUUUUAGAGUUUUGUUUUUAGAAUUCUAGCAGCAUUAGGGACCGCCUAUAUACGCAAAAUUAAAUUCUGAAUAUUUACUUAUCAAUAGCAAUACUAAUGUAUUUUAGUUCUUAAAUGGUAUGCCAAUAAAGUUAGCAUGUUACAAACUAUAUAUAAUAUAUCUCUGAUUCAAAUGUCUCUCCUCACUUGCUACUCACUCCCUGCAUUAGAUCUGUAUAAAAUAAAAAUUUCAAGUGUUUUUUUCGUUUGGGAAUCAAAUUUCAAAAAAUCAAUCAUGGUGCAAGUCUCACGUACCACCAAAUUUACGGGCAUCUGUAUCGGUGUCUAUGUGGCCUACGCCGUCUUCAUAUUCUUCUUGAUGCCCCUCCUGAUGCCCGAUCCGGUCAGCCUGCAACGCUCCAUUGUAGCUUUUAAGACCCGUCACCUGGGCGACAUUAGCAACUAUACCAUGGAGACGGGCGGAACACCAAUACGUUCAAUGCUGGUUACCUUUCGGGGAUCGGGAGCGCUAACGCUGUUGGAUAGCUUGGCCAAUCAGCCGGGUUGCUACCAGCAUUACGCUCCUUUAAUUGCCUACGGCGGUCGAUCCGCUGUCGAACACCAGCCCGCUCAGGUGUUGAAGGAACUGGAGGAGCUCUACAACUGCGACUACAAUAGUUCCAUGAAGAUGAUACAAUGGGGCAAGAGGUCGCCGAUCUUCCGGCGAUUCUACGGUGCUCAGUCGAAGCUCUGCAUGACUUACAGCCACGAUAGCUGCUGGGAUCCGGAUAAUUUGGCGGCCAUCUGUAAACUCCAUCCUUUCAUAAACAUGGCUGUCUACAACAUGAAGCUUAAGUACUUGGCAUUGUUGCUCGAUCGGAAAUUGAAUCUUCGAAUCCUUUUACUCGUCCGUGAUCCCCGGGGCACGAUGUAUUCACGGAAGAAUCGGAAUUGGUGCGAUGGCCUGAAGGACUGCGAAGCGUCUAGCCUCUGCAUGGACAUGGUCAGCGAUUUUAAAAUGGCUCAGAUUCUCCGAGAGCAGUACCCGGACCGAUUUAGCACCAUACGGUAUGAGGAUCUGGCAAUGCAUCCGGCUCAGGGCAUUAAACAAGUAUUUGAGUUUUACGGCAUACCGCUACAGCGUUCCAAGGGAAGGCACCGGGGCAUCCAUCCUCGCAGUUGGAUAAAUCCAGAAAACUAUGAUUUGGACAAUGCCUGGGGAUAUAGCACCCAUUCCGCCUACGAGUGGAUGAGCAAAAUGAGAUUUGAUGAAAUCAAGGCUGUCCAGAAGGUCUGUGUCGAUGCUAUGGAUAUGUGGGGCUAUCGCCAAGUCGAGGACUUUCACAACUUUUCACCCAAAAAGUUUGAACCGAUGCUGGGCAAGGCUUGAUCGUAUUUUAACCUAAUGAGCUUGCUUUAUAUUUAUCAUGUAGUUAUCAAUUCUAGUUGAGAUUGGCGGAGAUUAUCUAAUGGAGUAGUUAAAAUUAAA